AUGGCACAGCAAGAGAUCCUGGAGAUUGAGUUAUUUGACGUAUGGAGGAUAGACUUUAUGGGACCUUUUCCACCCUCAUACUCAAACAAGUACAUUCUGGUGGUUGUAGACUACGUGUCCAAAUGGGUUAAGACAAGUGGACAAGCUGAGGUCUCAAAUAAGGAACUCAAAAGGAUCUUGGAGAAGACAGUGAGCAUCUCCUGGAAGGACUGGACAAGGAAGCUUGAUGAUGCUCUCUGGGCAUACAGGACAGCUUUCAAGACCCCUAUUGGAAUGUCUCCUUAUCAACUAGUCUAUGGUAAAGCAUGUCAUCUGCCAGUCGAGUUGGAGCACAGAGCAUACUGCGCAACGAGAUUCCUAAACUUCAAUGCCAAGGUUGCAGGAGAGAAAAGAUUGCUUCAACUAAAUGAACUGAAUGAGUUCCGGUAUAAUGCCUAUGAAAACACCAAAGUUUACAAGGAAAGGGCAAAGAAAUGGCAUGAUAAGAAGAUGGCUUCCAGUGUCUUCGAACCUAGCCAGAAGGUUUUACUUUUCAAUUCUAGACUCAAGUUCUUCCCUGGGAAGCUCAAGUCAUGA